CGAUCGCUUAAAAUGUUUCUUGUUCGACUGUUCAGCAUUCAUUAAGCGCAUUGACAAUGAUGACAACCAAGUGGUCAAUGAGCUUAAACCAUCCUAACUAUGUCUCACCAACAAGGGUGAACGUCCACGUUUGUUUGACUAGUCGCUGCACGCAUGACCGGAGCACACCGUCAAUAACGGCAAUCCUCUCGCAGGUCCUUCAGCGGCAAACUCAAGUUCGCUAGUGUUGUUGCCGUGUCAGUACUUCUUCUGGCCUUGAUGUCCUUCGCUCUCUUUGAGUACAUGCGGGACCGCAGCCUACCAGUGGUCAAGGGCCUGUUCGGCGCCGUGCGCGGACAGAGGCUUGUGGUCAGCGACCAAGGGCGCGAGUGGACCGUACUGGCCUUUCUGGGCGUCCCGUUCGCCAAGGUGCCCAGAGGACCUCUGCGAUUCAAGCCGCCGCAACCGCUGGAUUCACCACUCGGGGAGGACCAUAGCGGCAGCACGCUGGACAGCAUGGUCAAGGGUCCGCCCUGCCCACAGCAGGACUUCUACCUGGGCCAGCACCGUGUGAGCACCAGCAACGCCAGCGAGGACUGUCUCCACCUCAACAUCUGGUCGCCCGCGCAGAACUGCUCGCCCGAACACGAGUCGGGCUCCUGCGAGGCGAAGACGGUCCUAUUCUUCCUGUACGGAGCGGCUUUCCAGAACGGCGGCAACAGCUUCGAGGCACGUGUUAUAUAGAACAUCGUCUGCUAGACGCGCUGCUUCAAUUGGCGUAACAGACGACGCGUUAGUUACAAGGUAUAUAACACACCAAAGGAGGCGAUGCACGAACUCGCAAAUGAUUAUUUGCCGUUAGAGCACAGAUAACUUGUG